AUGUUCGUCACCCGCUCCUCGCCCUUUUCUUCGCCGGACAUGAGGGGCGGUGGUUCUCCUCUGCCCAAGAUGCAGCUACAGAUGCAAAUACAACAACUCAAGAGUGCGCCCAUCCUCAACCCCAAUUAUGGGAUGGUGCAGACCUACCUCGACCUCCUGAACCAAUUGAUGGACGUAUCAGUCUCCACGCAAGGCGCGUACGGCGUCAAGAUCUGGCUGAUUGAGGUCCAAGCUUUCACUCGACAACUUCAGAAGCGCAUGUUCCAGGGCUGCCCGUUGACACCUCAGGAGAAGCAAAGCGUGCUGUACUUCUGUCAUUAUUGGCGCAACUCACUUCACCCUGCUUACGCGAUGGCGGCUCCCGAGGCUCAGAUCGUGCUCAUCGCACUGACAGAAUUCGCCUCGUUGUGA